GCGUCCGUCACCCGGCAAGCCCCCGGCCCGGACUCGGAGGGAUGCGGAGCGGCGGCGGCGGCGGCGGCGGUGGCGGAGGCUGUGGCUUUAAGAGCACGCAGGGAGCGCCGGAGUCAGCCGCGCCGUCCUUCCUCGCCGAGCGCUCCCGAGCAGCCGAGCCCGGCGCCGGCCGGACCCGGCAGCCUGCCUCCAGUCUUUGCUGUCCUGGGACUCUUUGUAGACCAGACUGACCUCAAACUCAUGGAGAUCUGCCUCCCUAUAUGCUGGGAUUAAAGGUGUACACCAACAUGAUUCUUCAAAUGCUGUUGAGAACCAGCUCCAGACCUCUGCUAGAGAGUCCUUCCUCUGACGACGGCACCAGUGUGUGGAGCCUGCCGCACACCCACCCCCUGCCAAACCACGGCCUUUACCUGUGUCUUUCGGUGUUUCCCGUGCGACCCGUCCUGUGGGAGCGCCUCGUGGGCCGCCCCAGACUUCACCCCACGCUCAGUAGCACCAAUGGUGAAGAUGACGAGAUCCAAGACUUUUCAGGCAUACCUGCCCUCGUGCCACCGGACCUACAGCUGCAUUCACUGCAGAGCUCACUUGGCCAAUCAUGACGAACUCAUUUCCAAGUCGUUCCAGGGAAGUCAAGGGCGAGCAUACCUCUUUAAUUCCGUAGUUAAUGUGGGCUGCGGGCCUGCCGAGGAGCGGGUGUUGCUGACAGGACUGCAUGCGGUUGCAGACAUUUACUGCGAAAACUGCAAAACCACUCUGGGCUGGAAAUAUGAGCAUGCUUUUGAAAGCAGUCAGAAGUAUAAAGAAGGCAAAUACAUCAUUGAGCUAGCACACAUGAUCAAGGACAAUGGCUGGGACUGACCCGACAGCACCCGCGUGAAUGCCAUCCAGCUGAACAUUCUACCCAAGCGUGAGAGAGUGAACACUUGGUUCCAUCCAUUUAGGGGCCUUGCCAUCAGGGGGCAUCCUCCCACCCUGACGCCAUCUUUUUUGGUGACUGGCCUCUAAUCACUGUCUCUCUGUCUCUUUGCUUUGUAUCUGUGUGUGAGUUGAUCUUGGCUUCUCUGUUCUAGUGUUGGCUGAAAACAAAAUAAUGGAACAGAUCCUCGGCCACGUAGCAGCAGCCCACCUUGAAAAGGGGCCCCUAGCCCACGUGGGAGCUGCCUAAUGGCCUCUUGUCUGGAGCAGUGGCACAUGGGGCAUGAGGAAGAGCAAAGGGGAACCUGAGAGUCCUGGAAUUGGGGGGUGGGGCAGGAGGGUAGAUGUAGGAACAAACUGUACCGCUCUUGCAGACCUGGUAACUUUAAGGCUUGAAAUAAUUGGCCCUUUCAAAAGGACAGAGGAAGAAAAAAUACCUCAUGGCUGUGCUCUCUCUCUCUCUAUCUCUGACAAACUCCUGCCCUAACAUCAAAUGUGCCAGGACAGCAGAUCGGCACUAGAAGUGGCCCUGGUUCUGGCUGACAGGGAAACACCCGGGCAUUCUGGACCCGAAUUGGAGCACGUCCUGCUAGGGUGACUAGGGGACAGGUAAAGUUCAAAUGGGUUUUUAGUGACUCUGCCCUCUUCCCUGCCUCUGGGCGGUCACCAUCUUGGUCUCCUUAGCUGCUGGAGGUGAAGGGAAAGAUGCAAGGUGCCAGUGUCCCAUUCAGCCAGCGACACAGUGGUGGAGGGAAGUGGGGGAGCAUGAGGGGUUGCAGCCUUGGACCUCCUGAAAAAGCAGGCAGGAAAAGUCAAAAUUGGGAACUAGGCAACAGUUCCACGGAGUAAUGCAGCAGAGGAGAGGUUCUGGGGAGCAGCAGGCGUGGCCCAGCUGGCCUCCACGGCUAGGCAGUGGCUGCUGUGGGAUCAGCAGUUCUUUUUUCGUGGUGUGUCUGGGUUUUGGUGGUUUUAAUUUUUUUCCCCAUCCAGUUCCAUCACCACAACCUGGGGAACAAAGAGCCAAGCUUCCAUCCCUCAUGCCUCUGUUGUUCUUAGACCUGAAUGUCUUGUGGGGAGAAAUCUUUUGACACGGCCCUCCAGCAGUGGAGAGGAAUCACAGAUUCAAUAUUGCCCCCUCAACCACCACCAAACCCAAGCUUCCUUGGGGUGGGCAGAAAAAUCCCUGUAAGUCUCAUGAAACGAAAAGGAACUUACUUAAUCAGCACUGUGAAGGGCAUUUUGCAGUAGUUAGCCAUCAUGUGGCUCAUGGCCGAAACUUGUUUGAAUUAAUUUCAUUUCUUAGGCAGAAAAUAAUGUUAAAAUAUGUGCAUAUUAGGUAAUUCCCAACAACUGAUUCUCUGAACUAGGUUGGGUCCUCCAGGAAAAAUUCACCUCUGAAUAAAGCCUAAUGGAAGAGGGAGCCCUUGGAGAUAAGAAACUGUAGAAUUGGUUAACCAAGGUUAAAGCAGCCCACCGGGGACACUGCAAUUCACAUCGUUGGCUGAACCAAAUUCCCAAUGAGGAGAGAGCUGUGGUGGACAUGUCCUUGUCCCUUGUCCCUCAAAUGCUGAUCUGGGAAUGGGCCCCACCCAGCCCGUGAUGGUGGCCGGGCGACAGGAAGCAGGCCAGCUUGGUUUGACAGUGGACUGCCUCUCUCUUCUGGGACACAGAGGGGUUCCUAGAAACAGAAUUUUGUUCCUCAAGUCUCCUUGUCCUGAGUCCUGGAUAGCUCAGCAUCCCCUCCCCCUGGACUGCAAGGCCAGCUGAGGCUCAGAAGUGUUGAGCUUUGGUUCCAGAAAAACCACCUCAUGGCUCCCAGGCCCAAGUUCUCAGUGACACACAUUUUUCCGCUUUCACAUUCCUAAGCUGGCUUGCCAGCUCAGAAGUCAUGCAUUGGCCCCCCUUUGUCCUGCCUGAGGGAUGUGGCCUUCAGUUAAGGAUGGGAUUAGACCCUUUGCUCAGGGAAUACCCUUUAAAAAAAAAAUAAGGGGUAGGGGUUGAAACUAGGCAGAUGGGGGGGUUGUUUAGGGCUUUUUUGUUUUUCUUUAAAACUAACAUUGGUGACAUAGAGAAACUGGAUAUGGGACACCCUGUAAUUCUCAACGGUCAGAGAAAGGAGACCAGUGUGCCACUAUUUCUCCUCAAGGUGGGGUUCUUGAUCAUCUUGGAGCAUUGCAAGCUCCAAUAGGACCCUGGUUCUGGCUUUUUCUGAACUGCCAUCAAUUGUACAUCCAGUGGGUGUCUGGCACCAUACUUGGUGCAGAAGAUGAGAGUGUUGGUUUUCCCAUAACUGCAAGGGACCAAAACUCCUUCGGCUUCCCUUUUGUGACGGUGAAACCAAAAGUGCUUCAUAGGACCGCAGCUCCAUCCGUGGCUUGUCUGCCAUAGCAGACAAUGCUUAGCAGUAUUAGAGGGUCCACAGCUGAGCAAUGGAGACUCACGCGAGAGGCCUCUGUCAGUUUCUUCUUUAUUUUCCUCACCAAAUUACUGACUCAGCAUAACCAAAGACCUCAUCCAUUCACCCCACAUAGGUUCAGGGAAUCAGACUGACCUGGUGAACUUGAGCAGUUGUAGGGGAGGAGAAGAGAAAGGGAAAGGCCUGCAGUGUUAUACCUCAGCCACCAGCUGCCUUCAUUCUGAACUGAAGUCUAGCUGAAGUCUCCUGUGCCGCCGUGGGAUAUGGGGCUGUGGCCACCCCAGAGUACACCCGUGCUCCCCUACCCCGCCCUCCAUGCUUCUCCCAGGCCACCGAUGGGUGAAUGGACAGGAGUUAAGCGCAGCCAAGCUUGACGCCCACAGCUCUCAGCUGGGCCUGGCUGACUGAACCACCCCAACUCCUAUGGCAGUCAGAUCAUGUAGAUGAAGAAAAUCUUUGCUGGUGGAUCAGUGUGUACAGAAGAGGUAUCCCCUUUAUGAUAAAAUUUCCAGUGUAUAUAUAUAUAUAUAUAUAUAUAUAUAUACACACACACACACACACACAGUUGUUUGUGAAAUAUACUUUUGUAAAUAAUAUUUAAUUUUUUAAAUAAUAUAUUUGGUGCUGUAUUCUCAGAUCCCCUGAGAGCACUUUUAUUUUCAAUUCUAUAGCUUCCUCUGUGUUUCUUGAAGUAUAUUUUAAGGGAAAGAGUAAUCACUGAUAUACUUUUUUUUUUUCUCUUAGAUCUGUCACUUUAAAAUGGAUUGAGGCUUUAAAACAUUUUUGCAUUUUUUUUCUUAUGUUUGCAUUUUUUUUUCCCAGUUGAACAGACUAGUAAAUUGCAAGGUUGUGAACUGAUACUUUCUUGCCCAGUAUUGGCUAGAAAAGAAACAAGUAGUAACAACUUAAGGGUAAUUACCUUAGUUGGGAGAACUUAAAAGAAAUUGGAAUGGCCGCUGUGUGUGUGUGUGCGCGCGCGCACACUUCAUUUUUCUGUUUCCUUUCCUACUGAGGACACUAUGAACUACAGCUUAUACCUUGGGCACACAGUUUUCCCUCUCUGGUUUCCAUGGUUUCCAUGUUGGAGUGACCAACAGCAGGAAGCAGGAUUUUCUCUCCCCGAGUGUGGAGCUCCGGCCGGUUCCUUGGUGUGCUCAGCCUCCUCAGCCCAUGAAGCAAAGCUGUGAGGAUAAGUCGGAGAGAAAAUGCUGAGAGAAGUCUGUUCUUCUGGGGUGGGAGCGGAUCAGUCUCACACCCCAGGGCUCUGGGUGUUCUGGAAGCCCUGUCAUAUUAAAUGUUAACUGGUUCAGGUUAAAAGGACAUUAAUAACAAAAUAGAUUUUUUUUUUUAAAGGUCAGAUUGCUUUGGGUUCAGGCAUAGACUGGCAAAUCAAAUCUUGAAUGCAACUUUUGUAUUAAAAAAAAAAAUCUGCCUCAAUGGAAAACACACGGUAGUUCUAUGAGUGGAAAAGAUUGUUUUUAAAAUCGUGAUUGAUUUAUAAAAUUACCAUACAGUCAUGAAAUGUACCAGAGUAAAAGCGAAAGCCAAGGUAGGGUUAGAUUUGCCCAGCAUUUCACAGUGGUUUGGUGAAGGCAGGAGUUGGUUCCCUUUUCCUAGCCUGCAAACUGUGUACCAUGAAUUUGUCUGUCUGUGUUUACAAGCUGCAUUUGUUUGGUUUGGGAUUGUCUUUGUGUCCUAUUCUGUUUUUGUUUCCCCCCCCCCCAGGUCACUUUGCUUCAAUAACAAGGCAAUUGUUUUUUGAGUAAUCUGUCUUCACCUCCUUCCGGUAUUUGUACAUAAUGAUUCAGUAUUAGUAAGAAGUGCUUUUCUGUCAUUUCCAAUCUGUGUUGGUGCUCAUUUGAGAAAAUAAAGUUUUCAAAUACCAA